AAAAAAGAGAAAAUGUCUACACAAGAUACCCAACCAGCGACACAACCACAACCACAACCACAAGAACAAAAAACAUCGAAACGAAAACCUUCCGACGCGCAAUCACAACCACCACCAAUCCACUUCACCGCGCGCGAUCCCCCAUGGACCUAUCUCAAACUGCAAUUAAUAUCCCAACCCCAAACCAAAAAUGAUACCCUUCUCGACCCCCUCACAGCUCGCACAUAUCUCACCGCCGCGCUCGGCCAGUUCCUCGGUUUAAUUGGGACUAGUAUUUCGAUUGAUAUCCUUAAAAUCGCUUCUUCCUCUACAUCUACAGCCUCGUCGACAUCAACAUCGACUCCUAAAAACAUCGUCUGGGUCCGCGUCCCCCGCCCCGACGCUGCGGCCGUCGUUGCGGCGCUGAGUUCGUGGAUCGGUGGUACAUCUGGGAACGGUGUGGCGUGGAGGGUUUGCGCAAAGGGAAAUUUCCUGGGUGCGCUUGUUGCGGGGGAUGGGAGAGAUUUGUUCGUGCCGUGAUGGUCGGUGAUAGAUGAUUCGGGUACUAUAAUUUGAAUGGAUAGGUGGUGACGACGGUCAGGCGGAAUCGCGCGCUGCUUUAAACCAUUCUUGUUGAGGUUCAUAACAGUGAGACAUGACCGUAUCUCAUGGGUUCUCAACAUGGCGCGUUCUGCUGUCAGGACGAGUCUAUCAGCGCAAUCGUGCCUAGAGGUAUUGCUUCACAGGGCAUUCUCCAGUGUGAGGAGAACUACGCAACUGACAGAUGGGCAUACUCUUAUGUCUAAAAGGAAAUAAAGCCAUAACGCCUAGGGCAACAUUGCAGAUCUAUCUAAUAUCCAAUUCUAUUAACAAACUUCCAACCCAGACAAAAGAAAUAAUCCAAAUGCUUUUGCAGUGUCAAUCUGUUGUUACUGUUUCAAACAGUGAUAAACGCCAAACUCUCUCGCUUAAAGAUAGUACAGGCUGAAGUCAGCCUAAUGAACAAUUUC